CGCAACAACAACCUCAAGCACUUUACAAGCUCACCAAACUCACCACCCGCACAUCUUAUCCCUCCAUUCAGCCUCUCGCAAUACUCUACCUAACUGACUCCCCAAUAAAACUUCGUUCCGAGGCACUGCAAACAACAUGGGUCUCGAAGCAGUAAUGAUAGUGGUGGACAACAGCGAAAGCAGUCGAAACGGAGACUACACACCCACACGAUUCGAAGCCCAAUCCGAUGCCGUAUCCCUCAUCUUCUCCGCAAUCACACAAGGCAAUCCCGAAUCAUCGGUAGGGCUGAUGAGCAUGGGAGGCAAGGGUCCGGAGGUUCUCGUCACUUUGACAACAGACCAUGGAAAGAUAUUGGAGGGAUUACAUCGCACGAAGACGAAGAUUAGAGGGGAGACUCAUUUGGCUACGGGUAUUCAGAUCGCGGGUGUGAGUGACUUCUCUAUAUUGAGGUUGAGAAUGGUUGUGCCAGAGGUAUACUAAUUUAUUGCAGUUGGCACUCAAACAUCGACAAAACAAAGCACAGAAGCAGCGAAUCAUCGUCUUUACCUGCAGCGCUAUACCGGAGGACGAUAAAACUCUCAAGAACUUGGCCAAGAAAAUGAAGAAGAUUGGAGUGAACAUCGACUUUGUGGCAUUUGGAGAGUUGGACGACGGCACAACCAAGAAAUUAACUCUUUUCCACGAGACUGUCAAGAGUAGUGAGGGAUCACAUCUGGCUAUUAUCCCACCCGGGCCUGGACUUUUGAGCGAUCAACUGGUAACAAGCCCGAUACUGAAUGGUGAUGGAUCUGCAGCACCAGGUGGAAUGGGAGGUGCCGCUGAAGGCGGUGACUCUGGCGCUUUUGAGUUUGGCAUCGAUCCAAGUGUGGACCCCGAACUGGCUCUGGCAUUACGCAUGUCGAUGGAAGAAGAGAAGGCGAGAGUUGAGAAACAGAAUAAGGACAAGGCAGAAGCAGAGGCUAAGGCUGCAUUACCAGAAAUCAAGGAAGAAGAUGAGGCUUCACAACCAUUAUUGAAUAAGGAUGGGGAGGCUAGUGGAUCGAAAGACAAGGAUGGUGAUGACAAAAUGGAUACUGCGUAGAUGGAAGGAGUAUUGCAUUGCGUAUGGCGUUGGGAUGUACCAAUAGAUAUUGCCACGAUGAAGUCAAGGGCUAAGGACUUUAUUCUCAUAUGAGACCUUGUGCUCUGAAGUCAUUGCUUCUGUCUAGUUCUUCUACUUGCUCCUUGCUGUAAGUGCAAGUUCUGACCUUUCUUGGAUGCUUUCCCCGCCAAAUCUGGAAUUACCCAUCCUGUUAUCAUACCACAGUAUCUUCUUGUCUCUCCCAUCCUCUUAUGUUCUU